AUGAGUUCGUUUAAAAGGGGUAAACUUAAGCUAAGAGGUGAAGCUCUAAAAAAUUUGGCAAAAUUGUCUUUGACAGAACCAACAAAUCAUAGCAAAGACAUCCAACGUAUUAUUGGAAACUUGCCUAUAUUUGAUACUCGUAAAGAUAUCGCCAAAUUGGAAUCAACACCAUUGAAUUUAAAUGAGGUUGAAAUUUUGUUUGCUGUUUGUGACAGCGUUCCUAGCACUGAAAAAAAAGCCAUUUAUUUACUUAAUAAUGUCAUUGAACCUUAUCUCAAAAUAGGUUCGAAACAACAAUUCACUGAAGUGACCCGCAACAAAUUCAAAUUUAAUACUAAUAAGACCAUCAUAGAAGAAUUUGCCUUCAAGCUCAUCAUUUUCUUGAUCAAUGUUUAUAAUAGUUUCAAGUCCUUACAGGAUUUUACAUUAGAUCUGAUAUUAUCGUUUCUAUCUACCUACAAUGAUGCAAAAUCUCUAACUUUGUUGGAUUCAGUUUUUUUAUAUGGGGUAAUCAAUGCGUUUAAUGCUGCCGGAACUGUAACUAAAAUUCACGAUGUUUUUUGCAUGACUUUAUUUAAAUUAUUGAAAAAUAACACUUUUGAGGAUAAGAUUACCGCAAGUUUUAAUGAAGAUUUGUCCAAUAACAUUCUGGCGCACUAUUUUGAUAAUAAUAUAGAAUUGUCGUGUUUAUAUUUUUGCAAGUUGGCUCACAAAUUGCUAUUGAAAAUUAUCAGAUAUAAGUUUGAUUGUCCAACCAAUUUGAGUCUUGUUGAAUAUGUUUUGCGGAUAAAAUCAAGUCAAUUUCAAGAUGGUGAAGAGAUCGCUGUUGCUAGCACAGAUGUUAUUAAUGAUUAUUCAAAGUUCUACACCGUGUUGGAAAAUGAUUCUGAAUUCAUCACAGAAUCUGUACAUUACUGUAUUGAUACAAUUGAUAGCCUACAAUAUAUCGACUUGGAGCUAUCAUCUGCAGAUACUAUUGCGUGUAUGUUUGAAAAUAAUGAUUUGGCUUUGCAAGUAUCUUCUUUAUUGUUACCAUUAUCUCAGGGCGCUCCUUCUGACAAUAUAAACGAUGAUUCUAAAAACAAAAAAGUCACAGAUUUUAUUUCGGAUUUUAUGCGUGCUUAUACGAACGAAAGCUACCUGUUAUAUGGCGAAUUUUUAGUUUCCAUAAUGGCAUUUGCUUCUUUAUUGAAUUUUUACACUGAAAAAUUAACAGUUGAUUUAUUAGCCAUGUUUCCUAUUUUUGUAUCUAGUAAAUACGUUUCCCCAGCUUUAGUCAAAAGAAUUUCACAUAAUUUUAGUAUUGGUUUACAACCAUUAACCGAGGAUACUGUCGUUUCUUCGAUUUAUGAUACAACAAAUCUUCUGGGUGAGACGUCACACUUGAAAACCAUGAAGGAGAGGAAGCUUACUAUUAGCGAAUCUGGGAAUUUUGAUAAAUUUUUUUCCCAACCUGUAUCCGGGAAACUACAACGUAGAUCAAAUACAAUAGCAACUUUGGAUUCCAUGAAUCUACUUCAAACUAUUAAUAAGCGUUCGGUCAAUGGAGAAAUGGAUGCUGCAUCCCGUGAGUCGAACCAUGAUGGAUCGCGGGUGUCUUCAUCUUCAAAUACAAACGAAAGCAAAAAAAGUGACAGAGAUUCAGCUAUGUCUCAUUUAUGGGAAAAUGUUAUUACUGCAGCUAUCACAAUUGCAUCUGUUUAUAACGACCAAUCUAUCACCGUUUUAACCAUAACAAUUUUAACUCAAAAAGUUACUGUAAUCAGUAGCAUUUUAGAUAGAAUAAUAUUUGAAGGUUUAAGUAAAUUGGCUCCAAAAGUUAAAGAAAACGAAUUCGUAUUAUUAACAAAGUAUUUUAAGGGCAUCAGCACCACUGACAAUAAAAAUGAAAAGACAGGUGAUUUUUCGAAAAUUGAAGACGCCUCAUGGAAUGCCCGUUCCAUUGUUUCUGGGGAACUAUUAAAUUUGGGAACCAAAGAUAACCCGUUAUAUAAAAUUUAUUUGAAGGAGUUAUUAACCAGCAUUAUCAGUGAGGGUGAAGUCGAAAAUUUGGGACGUCAUAGAUCGCAUGGUGAGAUCUCGUUAGUUGCAAGUAGAAUCUGCAAAUACUUAAAACCAUUGGCUCUAUUAUUGCCAGACGUAGAUGAAACACCAUUGAAUUAUCAUGAUUUUGAUGCAGAGUUAACAAAUAUGUUUCGAAACAUUUGGUUCAAUAUGGCUGUUCACGGAUUUUCUUAUGAUUCACCGUUAACAAAAAAAAACAAAAAACAUUUAAGAAGAAUUGCACACAACUCGCCUCCAUUGGCGUCGGACUUUCCCAAGAACACCAACGAAACCUCACUUGAAAUGAAUACCAUUUUGCGUCGUGGUACUUCAAAUACCAAUUUAAAGGAACAAAAAUCCCUGUUGUCUAAGUAUCUAUCGAUGAAUGCCGUACAAUCGAAAACUUUUAGCGACUCAAAACUAUUGUUUUUAACUUCCACCAUUUUGUUGGAAAAUUUCAGGUGCGACGGGGGUAGUUUCUCAUCCUGUUUGGCGUAUUUUUCUGAUCCGGCCAUUGAAAGAGCUAACCUAGACAAGUUUAUGGGGUCUUUUGCAAAGCAAAUGGUAAACAAGUAUAUCACUUUAAUUUCUAAGAAUAAAAGUAUUACUGGGGAAAAAAUAGCUAGCGAAUUAGCUGAUAUGUUGAUGUUACUACUCCAUAGAAAUUCUAUGUUACAAUCAGCUGCAUUUCAGUGCUGUGGUAUCCUAAUUCAAAAAGUCCCCAUAUCUUUGUCGCAUUCCAGCUCAUUGUAUAGAUUAUUGGACAUCUUAACUCUAUUAUUUGAUAGUGUUGUUGAUUGUCAAAUAGAUAAGUAUGGGCCACGCUACGAAUACCAUCUAAAGCAUUCUGCGGACAUUACAGUUUUAUUACCCUUUUCAGAAACGUGGCGUUCUGAAACUUUAAAGUAUGUCCAACAAUAUGCAGAAGUCUGGUUGAGAACCAUAUUGAAUGGUGCUAAUCAAGACGUGAAAGUUUUACUACAAAGUUACAUCAGUGACGUCAAUACCAGUACUAGCACUACUGAGUACAAUUUACCAGGUAGAUCUAUUGAUUUUGGAGUGACUUUUGCCAUUGAAAUGGCUAGCGGGAUAUCGUCUGUUGAGAAAGACCUAUCUAAAAUCAAAGCACCACAGAAUAUUAGAUUUGACACUGCUUCCCAAUUCUUAACACAGCAUUCGUGGCGAUCUAGUUACUUGGUUGAAAAUAAAGCCAUGUCUUCUUCAUCGACGGUGGAGGAGAAUAGGGUUGAAAUCUUGAAAAAAUUCCAAAAUAAAAUAUCCUCGGGCGAUGCUAUUUGUUACACCGAGGCUUCUGGGCUAUUGGAAUUGACUGCAAAUCUAUUAGUUUUGGGUAAAGGUCAUGCGAUGUCAUUAGUUUCUGAUAUUGUGUAUUAUCCCUUUAAAAUUUUUACCCCCGAAGUCAUGUCUUUAACAACAAAUAUUUGGUUGUCUAUCAUGAAAGUUAGGAAAGAUGUUGCCGAAUUGCUAUUAUCAGAAAUUGUCUUCCAUUGGACUUGCUCCAUUGAUGAAAGAAUAGGAUUAUAUUCCAACAAAACCAAUUUGUUGCCCGAAGAGUGGGAAAUGAUGGAAUAUGCACCAUACAACAAGAAAUCUAUCGACCAUGCUGCUAGAAUAGCUGAAAGAAGUAUUGAGCCACACCAAUUCAUCUUGGAGUUUUUUAAUUCACACUUUCAAGGUACCAUGUUUGGAAGUCCCCAAUUGUUAAAGAUAUUUGCACAAGCUGCGUUAUACGGAUUGGAAAAUUUGAAGCAUGCUAGUUUAAACCCAUUUGCCAUAACUGCACGUUUGGAACUGGUAAGAUUUUCACUAAAUGUUCUUGAUAUUUGUGUUUUAUAUAAUUCAAGAGACGUUUCCAGAUUAAGUAGAUCUAUUAUUAGCGGUGCGCUAACGUGGUUCAAGGGCCUUACCAAGUGGCCUUUUGGCUCAAAUCAGUUGAAAAUGGAAAGUAAUAUUUCGGUGUUAAAGAAAACAUACGACGCAUUGAAGAAAAGGGAAAAUUUAUUGAGAAAUUACACAGGCAACGAGUAUGUUUUAUUGUUGUACUUUAUGAAUUCUGAGAUGUUUAUUAUAAACACAUGGUUGAAACCCAUGUCUAACGUUGGUGAAUUACCUAAAUUACCAGAAAGCUUAUUUAAAGUUGCAUUUAAUAUUGAUCCUAUUUUAGCCUUUAAUAUAGCUAAGAGAUAUUCUAGCGGUUCUAAAACUCAAUAUGACCCAAUAUUAAGCAAGUUGGUGAAUGAAACCCCGUUAAAAUGUAUUCAUGUGGAAGAAGCGUUGGCAUUUUUGCUUGUACCCAGUACAAAGAACAAGGUGGUACAUAAUUGUAUAUACUGGAAAAAUGUGUCACCAAUUAAAUCAAUCAACAUGUUUUUACCACCAAAUGUUUCCAAUAAAUUUCUGAUUCAAUUCAACGUCAGAUCCCUAGAAUCACAUGAUGUUAAUUUAACAUUUUUUUACGUUCCUCAAAUUGUACAAUGCUUGAGGUAUGAUCCUAAUGGAUAUGUGGAAAGGUUUAUUUUGGAUACCGCCAAGAUAAGUAUGUUAUUUUCGCAUCAAAUCAUUUGGAAUAUGCUGGCCAAUAGUUAUAAAGAUGACGAGGGAAUGGUGGAAGAUAGUCUGAAACCUAAAUUAGAUAAAAUUAGGAAAGAAAUGAUUUCUAAAUUUUCCCCGAAACAUAAAGAUUUCUAUGAACGUGAAUUUGGAUUUUUUAAUGAAAUAACCAGUAUAUCGGGGAAAUUAAAGCCAUAUAUCAAAAAAACAAAAGCUGAAAAGAAACAAAAAAUUGACCAAGAAAUGUCUAAGAUUGUGGUUGCUAAAGAUGUCUAUUUGCCGUCCAAUCCUGAUGGUGUUGUCAUUGACAUUGACAGACUAUCAGGUAAACCAUUACAGUCGCAUGCCAAAGCGCCUUUCAUGGCCACGUUCAAAAUUUGUAAGAAACAAUACGAUGAAGAUUUGGGGGAAAUGGUUAAUAUUGAAAAGUGGCAAAGUGCGAUUUUCAAAGUUGGUGAUGAUUGUAGACAGGAUGUUUUAACGUUACAAUUGAUUAGCGUUUUCCGUACCAUCUGGUCAAAUAUUGGAUUAGAUGUGUAUGUUUUUCCAUACCGAGUGACGGCUACAGCACCUGGAUGUGGUGUUAUCGAUGUUUUACCCAAUUCAAUUUCAAGGGACAUGUUAGGUAGAGAGGCGGUAAACGGCUUAUAUGAAUAUUUCGUUACAAAGUUUGGUGAUGAAACAACCAUUGAAUUCCAAAGGGCAAGAUCAAAUUUUGUUAAAUCGUUGGCUGGGUAUUCAGUAAUUUCGUAUCUAUUGCAAUUUAAGGAUAGACACAACGGUAAUAUCAUGUAUGACGAUCAAGGACAUUGUUUACACAUUGACUUUGGGUUUAUAUUUGAUAUUGUACCUGGUGGUGUUAAAUUCGAAGCAGUUCCGUUUAAAUUAACUAAGGAAAUGGUUAGAGUAAUGGGUGGAUCGCCUAACACCGCUGCAUAUUGCCAGUUUGAGGAAUUGUGUGUCAAAGCUUAUUUGGCAGCAAGGUCUCACAUGGAUACUAUAGUAAAUUGUGUUGUUCCAAUGCUGGAUAGUGGGUUGCCUUGUUUCAAAGGAUUGAAAACAAUUAGAAAUCUACAAAAUAGAUUUACACCCGACAAAACAGAUAAUGAGGCCGCUAUGUAUAUGAAGGGUUUAAUUAAAAAGAGUUAUGAAAGCUAUUUUACAAAAGGGUAUGAUGAGUUCCAAAAGCUAACGAAUGGUAUUCCAUUUUAG